UUUUAUCACUCCUCUUUUCUUCCACGCAAACCCAAUUCCCUUCUCUUCUUCUUCUCCUUCGACCAAUUCGAUUUAACCCAAAUUCUCUUCUUCUUCAUUGAAAUUUCCACCGCCUCAAGGACAGAACAAGCCCUGUUGGAUUCUCUUAUAGCUGAACUUCGCUUUCACGUCUUCCUCUCUCCUCUUCCCUUUGUGGGUCGCUCCAAAGGUUUUAUUGCUGCAUUCACCAUCAAGUCAUAGAAUCUUCAGGUGGUAAAGUGGGGAAUGGACUGGCUCUGUUGGUCAAUCGUCCGUCUUUACGAAUGAUGAGUGGGGGACCAAAACCUCCAAAUGUAUUCAACUUUUUUAAAUGGCAACGUGGUGAACCCUCCUCGUCUUUAACCACUGGAUUACUCGAUAAUGCGUCGCACGAGAUUGAGCUAUCUAACUACGGGGGAGUACCAAGCCCUGGUAGCGAGAGCCCGUCUGGGCUUCUUAAUGGAGAGAGCUUAAAUGUUCAACCAAUCGCUGAUUUGGAUCUUUUCUUCGAGAAGCUUUAUAGUUACUAUAGGGACAAGGGACUUUGGUGUAUUAUCGUUAAGUGGGCUGUUGAGCUUCUGAGUCUUGGCUUCAUUAUCUGCUUCUCUGGGUUUUUCUUGUUGUAUGUGGAUUGGCAUGGUCUUCAGAAUGCAAAAUGUGGGAUGGAUGCAGUUGAAUCGGGAACUAAGCCAUGUGAUCUUGUUAAAGAAGCUAUCCAUGAGCACCCUCUUUCCCCUUUCACGCUCACAACGGCUAUUAUUGUUGGAUACUUGGCACUCUUCUCUGUGUACUGGCUCUUCUGCUUCUUAAGGUUCUUUGCUCAGUUGAAGGAUACUUUGGACUUCCGGCACUUUUACUACAACAGCCUCCGUGUGACGGACAAUGAAAUCCUGACUAUGCCAUGGGAAACAGUCCUUGAGAAGGUUGUUCAGUUACAGAGCUCACAACGUCUUUGUGUUGUUAAGGAUCUUUCAGCUCAUGAUAUUGUUAUGCGUCUUAUGCGGAAAGAAAACUACUUGAUUGGGAUACUCAACAAAGGUCUGCUUUCUUUCCCGAUUUGCCAUUGGAUCCCUGGUGCUGGUCCAUUAGUCAAAACUGCCUCUGAUGGGACACAACAUCAUCUUGUGUUGACAAAGACCCUUGAGUGGACCCUGAACUGGUGCAUAUUGCAGAGCAUGUUUGACUGCAAUUUUCGUGUUAAAAGGGAGUUUGUAUCAGAUCCUACAGCACUGAAGAAACGGUUAUUUGUGGUUGGGAUUGCUAUGCUUCUGCUGUCACCAUUUCUUGUUAUCUUCAUGUUGGUGUAUCUCUUCCUAAGGCAUGCUGAACAGUUUUACAAUCAUCCAAGUACUGCAUCUUCUAGAAGAUGGUCCAAUUUGUCUAGAUGGCUCUUCAGGGAGUUCAAUGAGGUUGACCAUUUGUUCAAGCAUAGGAUUAACAGCAGUGCAGAACACGCUUCCGAAUAUCUGAAUCAAUUCCCCUCACCUAUUAUCUCCAUUAUUGCAAAGUUCGUCUCGUUUGUGUCUGGCGGCUUUGCGGCGGUGUUAAUCAUCAUUGCGUUUCUCGAAGAAUCUCUUCUAGAGGGCCAUAUAUUCGGUCGCAAUUUGUUCUGGUAUGCUGCUGUGUUUGGAACUAUUACAGCCAUUAGCCGAGCUGCUAUUUCGGAUGAACUUUUGGUCCUCGACCCCGUUGGAACUAUGGCUGCGGUUGUGCAGCACACUCACUAUAUGCCUAAAAGAUGGCGUGGUAAGGAAAACAAAGAUGAUGUCCGUUUGGAGUUAGAGACUCUGUUUCAGUAUACUGGAAUGAUGUUACUGGAGGAGAUAGCUUCGAUUUUCAUAACACCGUUUUUACUGAUGUUUGUCGUGCCAAAGCGGGUUGAUGAUAUACUGCAAUUCAUAAGAGAUUUCACAGUUGACAUUGAAGGUGUAGGCAACGUUUGCAGCUUUAGUGCUUUUGACUUCGAGAACCAUGGGAAUACUAAGUAUGGCUCACCACGUAAUGUAUCUCGUGAGAAGAGAAGCUCUCAGGGGAAAAUGGAGAAGUCAUUCUUGAGUUUCCAGAGUAGUUAUCCAUCUUGGGAAUCAGAUUCUCUUGGGAAGCAGUUUCUAUCCAAUCUCAGAACUUUCCGGGACCGAAAGCUUCAAGAAGUAAACACAAGACACAACACAUACUCUCCUAGUAGGGCAUGGCGAGAAGCUCCUAUCCUUCGUCCUGGUCAUAUAGAUAACAACAGCGUUUUAUACAGAGACGUUCCAAGGAAUCCACGCAAUCACGUUGAUUCCAUGUGGCUGAUUGAUUCAGAUCAGAGGAACCACCCUUAUCUUCUUGACUGGUACUACACUUCUCAGCCUCACAACAGAACCAAUCAUCAGCAGCCAGUAGAGAGAGACAACGAACUCUUGACUCCUAAUCUAAACAUUGCGGACUGUUGGCCUCCUAACCUGGGAGUCCGUGGUGAAGAUAUGGAAGCAAGCACAUCAGGUCAGUUCUUGGGAGAUAGCAUUCUGCGCCAGCCCCAAGCUCAAGGAGAAGAAAACUAUGGGCAUGGUCAUCAUCCUCUUGAUGGUAGGAACCAGUGGUGGGGAAGAGGCGACGGUUCUCACAAUGGUGCAUCACAUCCCGCAACUGCUAAUAGCUUCAUUGAGCCACCUGAUUUCACAAACCCGUUUACAAGGAACUUGUUAGACAACUCAUGGCAAGGAGGAAGAAGCAUUGAAGAAGAGGAAGAAGAAGAUUGGGCAGAUGAUGCAAGAAGGAACUUGUCAAGAACAACAUUCAUGGAUGGUGAUGAUGUUGAUGACAUUGAAGGUGGGAUUGAUCUCCAUUUUGGUGAUGUAUAUAGCUCAAGAACUUCAUGAAACUUCAACAUCAAGCACUACACUAGGGUGAACAACUAUGAAUUUUUUUGGAUUCAAAGUUGUUUUUUUUCUUUUUUCUUUUAAUGGUGAUUGAUAUGGAAAGAUAAAAGAGAUGCUUGUUAAAAGUUUUCUCUUGGACCUGGAAAAGAUGUGGGAAUAAUAUCUUUUUUUUUCUUUUCUUUUUCUAUGUUUCAAGCUAACAUUUCAUGCAAUUCUUUAUUGUUGUAUUAUUGUAUAUAA